UCGGGGCACUCUCGCCCUCUGACCGGCUCGCGACUCUGGCGAGCAUGGCGCGGCACGUGUUCCUCACCGGGCCGCCAGGGGUUGGAAAAACCACUUUGAUCCAUAAAGCUAGUGAAGCCUUAAAGUCCUCUGGUGUGCCUGUCGAUGGAUUUUACACAGAAGAAGUCAGACAAGGAGGAAGAAGAAUAGGAUUUGAUGUUGUCACUCUGUCUGGUACCCGGGGCCCUUUAUCGAGAAUUGGGUCAGAGCCACGAUCUGGAAAGCAUGAAAACCGAGUUGGACAGUACGUGGUUGAUCUGACUUCCUUUGAGCAGUUGGCCCUCCCUGUCAUGAGGAAUGCAGCUGGCCCAGGGCAGAGAGUGUGUAUCAUCGAUGAAAUUGGGAAAAUGGAACUCUUCAGUCAGACUUUCAUCCAAGCUGUUCAUCAGACACUGUCUACUCCAGGGACCAUAGUCCUCGGCACAAUACCAGUCCCUAAAGGCAAACCACUGGCACUUGUAGAAGAAAUAAGAAACAGAAGUGACAUCAAGGUGUUCAGUGUUACCAAGGAAAACAGAAACAGUCUUUUACAAGACAUCGUGAUGUGUGUACAGAACUGCAUGAAGUGAAGAUGCUUUGAAUUACUGCUUUCUGCGUGGGAAGAAAUGUGUACGGUUCAAGUGGACCUGGCCAGCCACUUUGACUUCCAGGGUCUCGUCCCUCAGGCUUGUGAUCGCCAAGGUCCUAACACCCUGUGGGCUUUUCUAAAGAAAACCUGACAGCUGGUUUCCAUAAAAUGUUUAAAAGAUCAAAUUAGCCUUAAUGCUGGAUUGACUAUACAAGAUUAACAAUCCAUUAUGGCUUAUUUAUGCUUAAAGAUUUCUGUUUAUUUCCUCUUGCAGUUGUGUGUAUGAUCGUGGUUAAUUAUGGAAUGAGAAAUGGUUUUGCAAGUAUUAAAGAUGGUAUUUGCUUCUAUUGAAGUUUUCCCCUUCAGGGGAAGGGGAAAAAAGAAUUCACUACUUAAUCAAUUUUGCAUGUCAUGAAAAUUAAAUUUCUCACCAGGUGCAGCUUCAGUUUGAUGCCAUUUAAAGUGGCAACCAUUAUUUGAAUUUUGAAAAUUAUUAUUUCAAAAGAAAACCAUUGAAACCAACCUUCUCAGUUUAUUGUUUGUUUGUUUGUUAUUGCUUAAUAAAUAUCGAAAUCCGGGGGUUACAGCUACAUGA